AUCGACUGGAGCCUCGGCGGGCGAUCGGGGAAUACUUUUAAUCGCGAGAAACGCUGGAGACGUCGAAUUUUCCGUUGAUAAUCGGUUGCGGCGAGCGGUUCCUCGACGUCGAAUCGAAAGGGGACGCGGGCGUUUAGCGGAUCGCCGAUUAAAACGACGGUGCGAGGAAGAGGUUCGAAGGGUCCGUGGUCGAUCGAGGUAUCGCUGUGGAAGCGGCGGCGAUAUCGCGGCGGUGCCGCUGGAAAUUUUAUCAAUACCGCGGCCGUCUAGUCGCUGACAGUCACUCGUGAAAAGUACGCGGUCAUCUGACGGGGUUGCCAGGCCAGCGGAUUGCUCUAGCCGAGGAAACCAGAAGCGAGCGACGAACGACAUGGCCACCGAGGGCGGUCUAGCACCGGAUGCAGCUGCAGCCGCGGGUCCGGGCGCAGGUUCCGGUGAAAUCGUCGGGGGUCCCAGGACGCCUCAGCAGACCGCGGCGCAAAAACGGCUGCAGGCGACGCAGGCGCAGGUCGACGAGGUCGUCGACAUCAUGAAAACGAAUGUCGAAAAAGUCCUGGAACGUGAUCAGAAGCUCUCCGAGCUGGACGAUCGAGCAGAUGCGCUUCAACAAGGCGCGUCGCAGUUCGAACAGCAGGCGGGAAAACUGAAGAGGAAGUUCUGGCUACAAAAUUUGAAGAUGAUGAUCAUCAUGGGCGUCAUCGCACUCAUCGUAUUGGCCAUUAUCGUCGCGAAAUUCAUGCCAGAAUCGGCGCCACCGCCGCCGCCGCCGUACGCUUAUCCACCCCCGGGCAUACCACAACAGGUACCGCCUGCUGCUCCACCUGCCCAGCCCAGCGCAGGUGGCGGCGGCGGCUCGGGCGGUUCCGCACCCGCGGCACUGGUCGGCAAUCCGGACGGUGCGCGCAGCGUGAUGUAAAUCGGGCCGUGGCCACCGAGACACUACAAAUUUUCCAAACGUAAACUCGUCGAGCGAAUAACUCAAGGAAACUCAAACGGAGAGAGCGAGGGAAAGAGCGAAGAACAUCGAGCGAAGAAAACAAAAGGGAAAAACGAGCACGACCGCUGGAGUUAUCAGCGUCCUAUCCCCGAUUAAUCCUGCAACUAAUAGAUCUCUUCUCGAUCACACGCGAGAUAACUUAGAAGGGAGUCGAACGUCUAAUUUCAACGGAAUAAACGUUUCACGGUUUUAGGGGACGAUCGACGGUCGCCGACGCGUUGACCGCGCCGAUCGCGAUUACCGGGGAUCGAGCGAGAUCCAACGGUGAUCCUCGAAGCGUCUCGAAGCCAGGUCCAGGGGAUGCGAGCUAGUUCCUUUGAGCGGUUAACGCGUUAGUGAAAUCUUGAUUAGACACAGGAACCCCUUGAAGCGAACAAUCGGUGUCUGAGGCGCGAGAGUUGUCCUUUGGAAUGGUGGAUAGGAUAGGAAGAUUAGCGAACGUCAAUUCCAAUUGGCAAGAGUGUACUCUAAUUGCUGAUACGUCUCAUAAGGAACGAACAUCGGAAGCCUAAGUUGUUGAAUAUUGAGCUUGUCCGAGGAAAUCAACGGAUUCUUUAAAGACUCAUUCAAAAGUCUUUGAAGAGGUUUGACUUUCUUUCCUGAAAGUCUUUAGGGAUCUGGUAAAGAGGUUUAAGGGAUGAAAGGUACUAUUUCCGCGCGUCAGUCGUCGAAUGUUCUGCCAGAAGGGGUUCCAAAGGAAGAUGUCCGACCGUUUCGAUCGUUAUCUAUUGAGCCACCGUAACGUUUAUUCCAAUGCAACGGUAGAAUUAAGAUGAUAAUCAACGAGCGCGAUCCUCGUCGCUCGCAGAUUCCUCGUAGUUUCCCCUAGUAGGAGAGAAAGAGAAAGAGAGAGAGACGGUCGAAAACAUGAGAGAACCCGAGAGAGAGAGAGAGAGGAACGAUGAGAUUUUUCUGCGCGCAAGCGUGUUUACAGACACACGCAUGUACAUGUACAUAAAUUACUACGAAAUUGUCGAUGUAAGAUUAAACUAUGCAUAUAUAUAUUAUAUAUAUAUAUAUAAAUAAUGUAACUUAUAAAUAACAAUUUAGAGGAGAAGCGAAACGAAGAAGAGGCACGAUACAGAGAGAAAGGGAAACGAGGAAGAGAGUGAGAGAGAGAAAGGGGGAGAGAAAGUGUGGGAGAGAAAGAGAGAGAUUGUUAGCUAAUUUUUUUCUUAUCGUUCACUUAUUGUAUAACAGGUUCACGCGGGAUUUCUGAUUGUUGUUGUCGUUGUUGGAUCAUUUCCGCGUCGAAUGUCUUAGGUUCCAAUGAUCUCACAUUGACCCACGACCCCCCUACACUGCGCCGGCCCUGUUUUCGCGAUAAUUUAGCUGUAGCUAGUAAUUAACGUUCUCGCACCGUUUUAGAACGUGGACUUCACUACCUCACGUGUUUCAGUCUCCUUCGAAACGAGAAAAAGAUAGCGUAAAAUGACUGGAUUCUUCGCGGAAUUCUCGAUUUCUUGUUUGCAACCUGUAAAAUAUUUUCAUUUGCGAGCGUGCACCGCCAUAUUUAUUGUUUGAUCGCGUGUAGAAGAUAGAUCAAUUGACCAAACCUAUUAGAUUACGUUCAGACUUCACGUUUGCCAGGCUUCCGAGUCGCAUCGAACAAUUCAGAGCGGCCGGUAAUGCGAUUUUGCAAUUAUUUCCUUGGCCUAAUUACAAAUCUGACGAUUGAUGCCCGCUUUUUCCCCGCGAAACGGAGGAAAACGAUCGACGAGCCGUUGAAGCAGCGUCUCGUUGGAAAAUCGAGUUCAGCGAAGGAGAUCAUAUUGUUACAUAUUACUUCAUCUGUGUAAAAAGAACACUAAUAUUAAUUUUCUCGUGUAGAGAAAGCAGAGGAUCGAAGAAUCGUUCAAACAAUCGAACGGAGAUUUCCAGAGGGUUGAAAUGAAACGAGAAAUAGAAAAUGAAUCCCUUCGCUACCUUAUUUGUGUAACAAUGAUAUUCAUUUCUGUCGGGAUACCCGGAUCACACGAAAACCGAAAUAAUCGAUCUCUCGAGACGACGUCCUUGCUCAAACUGCAACCGAAUAAUGUCUCCCUACACCACCACCCACCUCCGGAACAAUGAAACCCUCCCUUUUUCUCCAAAACGCUUACUGUAUGUCCACGAAUCGAUUACAAGAGUAAAGAACAAUUAAAACAAACCAAACGAAGAAGAUAAACAAGCAAAAAUCAUUACUUAAGAUGUUUGUAAGUACGACGAGAAUAAUUAUGCGUAAGACGGCUUCACCACAUAGGCAGUUAAUUAUCGUAAUUAUUACGAGUACGAAUAAUAACCGCGAUAAUUGGUUGAGUUUUUGAGCGUCAUACGAUUCGCUGAUUGUGGAAUCUAUGUUCAUCUAGGUGAUGAUUAUGUCUUAGACAUUACUGUAUAUUAGCCUUAAAUAAAUACAAUUAUGGAAAAGAUC